UUCCACAGCAAUGGACGAUGCUGCAAUGACAUUAAAGCAGCUUUCUCUCCUCGUUCUUGCUACUAUCCUUAUACUGGCUGCGAGUACAGCUGCAUUUGAUCCUACUGUACCCACCAUUCCUCUAUCCCCAAACACUACGUUUACCUUACUCCCACUCACCUGUACACUUCUCACGUAUACCCUGCCAGCAAACCAUUCUCUCUCCAUCUCUCUUUCGGUAUCACCACCUAUUCUGGCGCUAGGGUACACUAUUAAUCCCACCGAUGUUUGCCGUAGUCCAGAUACGAGUGGAGUGCCAGAGUAUGUGCAAGUCUUAAACACGCUGACAACAACACCGACAGGAGGAGUAUACAACCUACGGAAUAUCACAGCAGAAAGAUGCUGGAGAAAGGAUGUAACACUGCGUAUAUCAGCUGCUACUGGAUGGAGUGCAGCAUAUGGGCGCGAAGGGAGUGAAGUCCCCAAAUCUGUGUCGAUUGGAGCUAUCGAAGCUGCAGCGACUGGCAAUCGGACAUGUUUGCAGGUAGAUGGUACCAACCCGACUGGGACGACCGAUAGUGCGUCGGCAACUUCAACCCCUUCAUGGGGGCUGCUUCCUCCGCCGCCCGGUACAAGGGUCCGUGAGAACGGAGCAGAGUCUAGCAUUAGAUCAACCCACUACAUUGCUAUUAUACUGAUGCUCUCCUGUUUGGGGUACCUCCGAUGAUGAGAGAUUUGCGUCAAAACCUUCUCAUUAAGCUUACUGGUGACUAGAAUUACUAGCAUGACUAGAAACCUAUGCCAGAAGCGCUGGGCGUUGUGAUAGACUAUCUUUUAAAGCUUGUAGAAAUAUAGAACAUGACUGUGCCACU